AUGGCUAAGAAACCGCUGUAUAAGUCACUCUAUUUUCAAGUGAUUGUUGCCAUUAUUUUGGGUGUGAUUGUAGGGCACUACUUUCCAAGUGGUACUCAAUUGAUCAAUGGUGUAGAGAAAAGUGUUCCUGGUUUAGGCGAACAACUCAAACCUUUAGGUGAUGCUUUUAUUAAGCUCAUUAAAAUGAUUAUUGCCCCUGUGAUUUUCUGUACCGUGGUCAGCGGGAUUGCGGGUAUGGAAAGCAUGAAAUCAGUGGGUAAGACUGGUGGUAUUGCACUUUUAUACUUUGAAGUCGUUUCUACCAUUGCCCUGAUUAUUGGUUUGGUUGUCAUCAAUAUCGCCAAACCGGGCGUUGGGAUGAAUGUUGAUCCCGCGACUUUAGAUACCACAGGUUCGAUCAGUCGUUUCUGCGGAUUCAGUAUUUUAAAAAUGAUUCGUAUGAUCCGUGAAGAGUUGUUGAUUGUAUUGGGUACAUCGUCUUCAGAAUCUGUAUUACCACGUAUGCUGAAAAAGCUUGAAAUUGCCGGCUGUGAAAAGUCUGUGGUUGGCUUGGUGAUUCCAACAGGUGCAGCAGGUGUAACUGGUUCAGGCUUUAUUGUCAUGGCAGCAACUUUGGCUGCUGUAGGCAAUAUCCCAGUUGCUGGUAUUGACCGUUUCAUGUCUGAAGCACGUGCAUUGACUAAUUUGGUCGGUAACUCUUUGGCAACGAUUGUGGUUGCGAAGUGGGUUGGUAAGCUAGAUGUUGAGAAGCUAAAUGACGCUUUAAAUAAUCCGGCUGAAGUGGAUCGUAAAAUGCUUGAAGAAUCAAAUCAACCUCAAUUGGAUUUGCAAAAGUCUUAA